GUAAGGGGUUGAUGGGGGAACACUUUAAUUUAGCACUAGCCGUUAAAGUGGAGACAGAGAUUGUUUUCAGAGAAAUUGAACGCCAUGGAUUCUUCUUCUGAAAUUGUUGGUGCAUCGAUUAUCGAAGCUGGUGCUAGUGGAGACCUUUACCAGCUUAAGGCAAUUAGAAACAAGUUUGCUGAUGAGUGGGAGUUCCGCAAGAUAUGCGAUCAAUAUAGCGAUUUCUCUACUGGCUGGAAUGUCUUGCAUCACGCGGUUGGAAUCGGACAUUUUGAUGUUUGCAAAUUCUUGAUAAAGACCGUCGGAGUUCAUAUUGAUGCAGUCACUUACAAGAGGGAUACUCCUCUGGCAGCAGCUGCCAAAAGGGGACAUGUCAAAAUUGUGGAGUUUCUCGUCAAACAUGGUGCUGAAAUUAGUAUUCCAAAUAUUGAGGGAUUCACUGCGUUGCACUAUGCAGCUCAAAAUGGUAAUAUGGAGCUUGUGGAUUUUUUGGUGAAGGAAGGUGCUUUAAUAGAAGCAGACUCUGCAGAUGGAUCACCUUUACAAAUUGCUGUUUCUCAUGGAAAUGUGGAGACUGUCAAGGCUCUCUUGUCUCAUGGUGCAAAACCUAAUUUUUGCUGUGCAGUUGUGGACACCCCUCUUAUAUGUGCAGUCAAGUCUGGCUCAUUCGAAUGCAUGAGAUUGCUGCUUGAGGCUAAUGCGAACCCAAAUGAUUAUUAUGCUGGAUUAAGUACUCUGGCAUCUGCUGUAGAAGAAUGCAACACAGAAUUUCUUAAGUAUUUGCUUAAAGCUAAAGCAGAUCCAAAUUCAUCUAACAAAGAUAUCUUUAAACCGAUUGAGGUUGCUGCUAUGGUGCAAAAUCGUGCAGCUGUGGAGAUUUUGUUUCCAGUGACUGAACGGCUUGCACAUUAUCCAAAUUGAACCGUCGAUGGCUUAAUGGAGGGCGUUCAUAUUGAAGGAUUUAAAGCAAUGGUGGAUAAGAGAAUCACUCGCCGCUUGAAUGCACUAGAUCUUGGAGGGUUGCGUGACGCGGGCAAUAAGGAUUAUUACCGUGCAAUCUAUCAGUAUAGAAUGGCUUCUUGCAUUGAUCCAUGUAAUGCCACAUGGGUAUCAAACCGAAGCCUGUGGGAAGCACGAGUGGGUAGAUGCAUGCAUUCUCUGAUAGAUGUUCAGAAAUGCAUUAGACUCAAGCCAGACCUCCCCGUCCUCAUCCCUCACCACGGAGGAGAUAAUGCUGCUGCAGGGAAUGAGAUAUUCAAGAAAUUCCUCUACGCGUGCCUUGCGUUCUCAUUGGAUCCUUACAACGAGGCAAUGUGUGAUGCAUUUAGGUAAAUUCUAGUAAUAUUUUUCAUUUUUUUGUUUACCAAAAUAUACAAUUUGUGUAACUAAUAGUGUUUUGUUUUUUGGUUGUAGACUUAGUUUGUUUGAUUUCUUUGCUUGGUUGAUUCAGAUGAGUAGCCGAUAUGAGAUUUUGAGAUUUAGGUGAUGAUUUGCAUUGUAGAACUUCCUCAUAUACAUUGAUUCACUCCUUUGAGCAAGUCAAUUGGAAGAAAAAAAAUGUUGUCACGUUCAUGAAAAUUGGAUGAUAUAAAAUG